AUGAACAAAUUAGCAGCUUUAAUUUGUUUAUCCGUUCUUGGUCUAGGAUAUGGCCUUCCAAAUCCUCUGCCACAAAGUCUUGACUUAGAACACCUGGAGCAAUAUGCGACCCACGUCAGCACAGGAGCCAGAUAUGACCCAAUCCAAACAAAUGUAUACCAUUUGUUUACAAGGGAUAAUCCAGUUGUCAGCCAGCCCUUAAUUUUGAACAAUCCCUCACUACUUCAGACUACUAACUACAGGAAGGACAGACGCACAAUUGUUCUCAUCCAUGGAUGGUUGGAAUCAGUUACCGCUAACUUUAAUAGUGUUCUUAUUCCAGUGUUCCUUGCCGCUGAAGAUGUCAACAUCAUCGUAGUAGACUGGAGUAUUGGAGCAAGUUCCAUUGACUACAGGACUGUUAUUAGGAACACUAUCGCAUCUGGUGAAGCUGUGGGAGCCUUCAUUAACUGGGUGAACAGAGAGUCGGGCGCCACUCCUACCAUGUACCAUAUUGUUGGACACGGCUUCGGCGGACACCAGGCUGGUAUUGUUGGCCGAAAUGUCGACGGUGAUAUUGCUUACAUUACAGCUCUGGACCCUGCUUUCAUUGGUUGGGUCAGCCACCCUGACCGCUUCGAUGCCAACGAUGGGCAAUAUACUGAAGUUAUCCACACGAACUACGGCAUCAACGGUUACCUAGCAGACCUUGGCCACGUUGACUUUUACCCUAACGGAGGCAUAUCUAUGCCAGGAUGUGACUCCCACGCCUGCGACCAUGCACGAAGCUAUUUCUAUUUUGCUGAAUCCAUCACAUCAGGUGGUUUCACUGGCAGACAAUGCUUGAACUAUUUCGCUGCUAUUAUGAGCUCAUGUGAUUUAUUGCCAGGAAGAUUAGAGAUGGGAGGACUCAGACCUAAGAUUGGGAGAACUGGUGUAUACUUGUUGGAAACAAACGCAUCCCCUCCGUUCUCCCAAGGUUGA